AUGGUGGACAAGCUCCCCCCGCCCGAACGUCGGCAGCUCAUUUGUGUGCAGGAAACCCACUGGGGUGCCACCGUAGCCCCUACCUUUGUCACUGCCCAGUGGACAGUGUAUACCUCGCCCACCACGGACAACAAAUCGGCUGGGCUUGCCGUCUUGGUUCAUAAAGAUCUCCUCAAACAUGCGCAAGUAGCCUUUGCCGAUCCCCAGCCGGGACGCAUCCAGCAUAUUCGCAUCAUACACCAGCAGUGGACGGCUGACGUACUACAUGUCUACCAGAAACCGCACAACAGUCACCCAUCAGCAGCCAAGGACUCCAAGACGCUCCGGGCCGAAAUCUGGCAUGCUCUUCACGAGCAGCUUCGUCGCGUGCCCAGACGCAGCACCCUUAUGCUGCUAGGGGACUUCAACUGUCCUCUGCCCAGUAGCCCACAUGCCGCAUUGGCGCCGGAUCUGGCACCCCCCCGCCGGACCAGUCCAGGCUACAACAUGUCCUUGAGACCCAUAACCUUGUUCAUCUCAAUUCCUGGUUCCAGUCUCAUUGAUCAUGUUCUCAUGAGGGUUGAACAGACGGAUAAUCGAGCCAAGCAGGCCCGACCCAAACCGUUGGGUCUGGCCGAGUGGAGGCUCGGAGGCAAGCACAUACCAGUGUUUGCGAGCCUACCCUUGAUUCGCUUUACACGUCUCAACAAGCCCCCUGUGGUGCGUAGGACGUGGGACCACUGGGCGGUGGUUCAACUCAGCCGCAACCCCACUGACCCCAGAUGGGCUGAGCUCUGUCGGUAUGUCCAGGACAGAAUUCAUACGGCUGAUAACCUCUUAUCCCUCAAUCAGCUGCUUGUCCAGUGCGCCACGGAACUCUUCCCUGCUCCAGCCAGGACACAACGCCUUGCUCUUUGGCAAACGACUGCCAUGCAUGGCGGCAUUAAGAGCCUGUGGGAGCGCUAUCGCCGGUGGAAGCUACUCGCCAGGACCCCACCAUUUGACCCGCUCCGCAUUGCCCGUCGACUUCAGGAACCUGCUGAACAGCUCCAGCAGCUGGAAAGGCACUACCGAAGCCUUUAUGCCGCGGACUCUACUCCUGAAACUGCGGGUCUCCCCCGCGCUGCGAUCCGGCUGGAUAUUGACCCUGCAGCCCUGGCCAGGGCCUUGGCUACGCUGUCGCCCCACAAAGCCACUCCACCGGAACUCGCCUCCAACGCGCUCUGGCGUAUUACAUCUGACGUGGUAGCCCCUGUGAUAGCCCACUGGGCCAAGGAAGGGACCAGCAUCCCCCAGUUGUGGAGGAAUGCGUGGCUCGUCCUGGUACCCAAAAUACCUCGGCCGCUGUCUCCGAAGAACUUAAGGCCGAUAGGCCUGACUGAAUCCAGUGGGCGCGCCUAUGCCCGAAUGCUUCAGGUACAACUUCGACCCUUUGCUGCCGAAUAUCUUCGAGGCAUAACACAAUUUGCCUACCUUCCGCACAGGGAUGCGGCUAUGGCAAUCCAAAGAGUCGCUGCGCAUUGCAGGUACGUGGAGCAGAAGUGCUCCCACGCCACUCGCACAGUGGCGGACCGGCAGGAGUGCCUACCAGCUCCUGCACCUAGCUUUGUGGGGAUCCAACUAUCGCUGGAUCUCUCCAGCGCUUUUGACCUGGUCAGAUGGCCGCUGCUGGACAGGGCUAUGGCCGAGGCGGGGGUACCUACGGCACUCCGUCAUGAAGUCAUGUCGUGGUACUAUCAAGUUUGCUAUACGGUGGAACACCUAGGCAAACAGACGGAGAUAACUGCCCAACAAGGCCUGCGUCAAGGCUGCCAAUUAGCUCCCACCCUGUGGGCUAUGGCUGUGGGCUGGAUCUACAAGCACAUCUGGGAUAGCUCCUCACCUGACACCAUGCAACCCUGGCUCCAGGCCAACUCCACCACCUACGCUGACGACAUACACCUCAAGGAGACUGCGACCACCACCACAGGUCUGGACAAGGCCCUCUACCGAUUUGGGCUCGUGCUCGAUGCCCUGGCUGAACAGGGAAUGCUCAUCAAUGCGGGGAAAUCAGCCUUCCUCCUUCGACACCGCGGAUCCUUCCUCAAGAAAUGGAGGCGACGACACUACCUCUCUACAUCGGAGGGAGAUUUCCUGCACUUCCGAACUCCUGGAGGCACCGCGUACCGCAUCCCCCUGCGAGAGCAGCACACAUACCAUGCCAUGGCGAGCCAUACGGCCCUACAUCGCAUUCAGGCAGCCAAUGCUGCCUGGCAACGCCUGAGACGAAUUCUCUGCUCCCCCAGGCAGCUCCAGUUGACAGCCCGCAUCUCUCUCUGGAAAUCGACUGUUUUGCCCACUCUGCUUUACGGCCUGGCCGCAGUACGGCUAGGUCCACGCGACAUCGGGAGAGUGCAGGCCCUCGUCAUCAAACACACCCGUGCCAUGGCGCACUCGUAUGCGCACUUGCAACAAGAGUCCACCAUGAACGUGCAUCAUCGUCUACAGGUGCCCACAGCACUGGAUAGCCUUACGAGGGAGGCCACUGCUCUACACAAGCGGAUGUGUCUUCUUCAGGAUCACUCUGACUUCGUCCAGGCGCCGGAAAUCGAGGACGUUCGAGAACAAGCGGCUAUGCUCCAGGCCAAGAGGGAGAUGCAGUGGAAUGCCCCUGCUGAACCGGAGGCGGGGCUACUACCUCACACCUGUGUGGAAUGCGGCCAGAGCUUUGCAUCCUUUCGCCUCCUGCGAUCGCACGAGGCUAAGAAGCAUGGUCAGCGCACACCCCAGUGCGACACUCAACCUUUUGAUCGAUUUGCACACGGCACUGGCGGCUUGCCCACUUGUCGGCACUGUGGACAUCGCUUCAGGCAAUGGGAUAAUCUGAUCAAGCGCAUCAAGAAGAACCGCUGCAAGGUCCUCAGGGAUAAACCGCCUUCCGUUUCGGCACCCGAACCGGCCACAGCAGCUCCUGUGGCCCCACCGCGCCCGACUGCACCGAACUUGAGGCAAGAAACAGCUCAGGAUCCGCUACCAUCGGAUUCUGCCGAACCGGGACUCUGUGCAGAAGCCGCACGCCUGCCCGCCACGGUUGUCCCUCCCUGCUGUCCACAAGCAGUCUACGAAGAGCAACCCCCUCCUUGUACCCCGACUAUGCCGCUCUGUGCCUGGCCGGAGGUCCAGGACGCGUUGGACAAGGGAAGAUGGUUUGACCUACCCCUCAACCAGCAGGUGCAAACAUAUCUUGCAUACCACUGUCCGAUCUGCGUGCAAUGGGCUGCGACACCAGGGGGGCUUAAAUGCCAUCUCACGGCUGUGCAUCCGAACUGGAAGGCUCUACAGACGGAAGUUCGUAACAACAACAUGACGGGGGCGGAGAUGGAUCUGGACGAGCAGGAAAAGCUCUUCUUCGGACAGAUGGGGCCACUCAAGCGAGACCAGACUGCACCCGCCAGGGAUCAGACCUCCCAGGUACUGGGAAAGAGGCAACGUCUGGAGCACCAGGACUCAUCCAAAGGACGAAGCAAGGGCAAAGGCAAGGGAAAGACGAACUCCCCGCUACCACAGGGAGUCUACCCGUCGGCACGAAUGUGGGCAUACUCCAGUGGCUUCGACGACGAUCAGGAUCAACCAUGGGUGCCAGACAGGGCCUCUCGAUCAACGUCGCUGGAAGGGAGAGUGGAGAAGCUCACCCAGCUUGCCCUGAGACAGGAGCAGGUCAUUGCGACGGGGAACGAUGGCAUGAUUCCGGUCCUAUGCCAAGCGGCGGACAAGUGGCGAACCAUCAGGGAGGAAACACCGGACAAACUGAAUUACUCCUUGAAGCUCACGAUGUUCAAGCAGCUCCUGAUCUCUCUCCAGGAGAGAUUGACGGAGACGGCCAAGUCGCAACAGGCCAUGGAGCAUGCUCGAUCCCUGGGUUGGCUGGACAGCGACCAGUGCUGGAAGGUCCUGAAAUGGAAUCCGGCGCAGCAAGUUCUGGAGGUGGAGAAUGCCCUUCGGGCUGUCUCGACAACAGAUCUGCUGGCACAGAUUGUGCAGUUCAGGAAGGCCACUACGGAGGAGACAUUGCUUCGCUUCAAAAGCAUCCGGCCCCUCUCCACCGAGGUCACGACGGACUGGGUGCAGUUCCAGAUCGUGGUCUCCCUGCGGAUGGACGGUGCUCCACUUUGGAGUACGCUUCAACAAUGGAUCGGCCAAUCCGCGUGGCACACUCUGGGGCUCAGCUACAUGGGCCAGGGCAACCGGUGCUGGCCAAGGACCUCCAGCACCUGCUACGCACUACCCAGCGUGGAUCCUGUGUACCGCUUCAGGUUCUGCAAUACAGGCCUGGAGGCGAGUUGGGAGGCCCGACUUGACACGCCACAUGGGGUGCACAAGCAAGAUGGUGGAGCACUUAUCUCGCCUCUUAUCAUGGCCCUGCCAGCAGGGGGAACGCUGAACCUUCAAGGGGUGAUAGAUCAGUGGCACUCUCAGGCGGCCCCACAUGCCCUCACGAAUGCACCGACAUACCUGUGCAUACAGCUGCAGAGGUUCACGGGGGAUUCAAGUGGCCUGCAACGCGACACAAGGCCGCUGCAAGGGCAUAGAACACCAGUUCGGCUUCCCUGUUUUGAUGCUGAUACCAACAUUCAAUGCUCCUGGGCCCAAUAUCAGGUGGUUGCUGCGCAGCUCCACUUUGGCGACAGCCCGGACGCUGGACAUUAUCGAACUGUGCUCUACGGGCAAAAGAAGUUUGGGCACCUGAGAGCGUGGGUAACAGACGACAACAUUGCUGCACAGCUCGCUUCUGAUGACUAUGCACCAAGCAGCUACCUUCUAUGGCUGCGUCAGGUGCAAGAUGAGUGA